AUGCUACGUUCCUUUAUUGAGUCCAUUUUACUUUCAUUCGUCAAAUAUUCCAUUGAAUAUAAUUUUAAAUUAUUUCUUCUAGAAUCUUUAAGAUUUUUAUCUCAAAAAAAUUUUAAAAAUUACUCUAAAAAAAUUAAAAUUAAAAAUAAAUAUAUAGAAGCAAUCGCUGAUGGAGCUGAAGAAAUGCUUUACAAAUUGCUGUUAAAUCCGCAAUAUUAUGAAAAAGAUGUGCGACCAACUUUACAUCAUACGAUCCCAACGAAUAUUACUUUUGGAUUUUUGCUAAACCAAAUCGUUGAAAUGGAUGAGCGUAAUCAAAUCCUAACGACGCGAAGCUGGCUUAACAUUAAUUGGAUGGAUCCUCGUUUAAAAUGGAAUGUCACCCGAUGGCGAGGCAUAAAAACAAUGUAUGUGCCAUAUGAAAAAUUAUGGAAACCGGACAUAAUACUGGUCAAUAAUGCAGUUCGGCAUUAUCGUGAUGCUAUUGUGAGUACAGAUAUAAUGACAACGAACGAUGGUAAUAUUACUUGGUUAUUCUCAGCAAUAUUUAAAUCUUCUUGUCAAAUUCGAGUUCGCUAUUAUCCAUUUGAUGAUCAGGAAUGUGAGCUACGAUUUGCAUCAUGGUCGCAUGAUAUAACUGAAAUGGAUUUAAAUUUAGUCACUGAUAAAGGUGAUUUAUCGAGUUAUAUGAACAAUAGUGAGUUUGACUUAUUGGAAAUGACAGCAACUCGAGAAAUAAUCAAAUUUCCGAUAAAUCCAUCUAAAGAUUGGCCAGUUAUUGUCAUCAAAAUCCAUAUGCAUCGUCGACCGUUGUUCUAUGUUUUUAAUCACAUACUUCCAUGUGUUUUAAUAUCAUCGAUGGCGAUUUUAGCAUUUUUAAUGCCACCUGAAACCGGGGAAAAAAUAAACAUGUGUAUUACUACUAUAUUAAGCAUGGGAGUUUAUCUUCAAUCAAUAACGGAGUCAAUACCACCAACUUCCGAAGCUGUGCCGUUAAUAGGAAUGUAUUAUGUAAUGUCGCUAUUUAUGGUAUGCUUCGCAACUUUUAUCAAUGUCAUUAUUUUAAAUGUGAAUCGUAAGGGAAUAACGAAUCAAGGAAAGCGUAUCUCAUGGUGGAUGGAAAAAUAUAUUCUUGGUUAUAUGGCUUCAUUUGUUAGAUUAUCAAUACGUGAACCAAAUACAAUUACAAUAUUAAAAAUGCCUCAAGAUAAAAAUUCGAGGAGAUAUAGUACAAUUCGAAGUUGGAAAAGUAUUAGAAGUAUAUCUAAGCCAAAACGACAAAAUGAUUCGAAUUGUCCAUGCGAACAUUUCUGUAAAAAAGUUAAUUUUAAUGAUAAAUUUAAUAUGAUUGUUAUAAAAAAUGCGAAACUGAUAAAAUACCUUAAUCAGUCAUCUCAACGAACGUCAGACACUUCGUUUAUUAGAAUGGAUGAAAAUCGACCAAAAAUUUUAUCAGAUUUUGAAACACGUUUUCGAUCAAUCCUCAAAGAUAUAUAUAAAAGUUUACAGCAAUAUGAAAUUAGAGAAGAGAUAAUGGAUGAAAGGAAACGAAUUAUGUGGCAAUGGCGACAAUUAGCGACUGUAGUGGACAGAUUUCUCUUAGUACUUUUUUUCUUCGCAACUAUAUUUAUUAUUGCAUUCUUUUUAGUAAUUCCAGCUACAAUAAGUAAUCCUCAAAGCAAUUGA